UUUACAGAUAUUCCAUUAGAUUUAUCAUCAAAACUGGAAAAUAGCAUCAACAGUACAGAUCAUCAUGACAUGAUGGAUAAACCCAAUGUUAAAGUUGAGUGUUCAAAUCAGUCCUUCCCCUCAGAAACAGAGACAUCACCUGUCAAUUGUGAAUGUUCACCUCAGUCUUCCAAACUUGGAUCGCAUGUUCAAAGUAAUGAAUCUUGGAGAAAAGAAACAAAAAAUAAUGUAUAUCAGAACUCUGAAGAUGUAGCUGAUCCACUGCAAUAUGUUAAAGAAGAAAAUAAUGAAUAUUCCCCUAAGAAAAGGUGUGGUGAUCCCAGUCAGUUAUCUUAUUAUUGUGAUCUCCCUUACCACUGUGCUUCACCUAAGUGCACCAAAGACUAUUCUUUAGAAGAGCAUCUGUGCAAUAAAAGUAAUGUUGAAAAAAAUCAAGAGAAUGAUCCUAGUUAUAUUCUUCAAAAUGUUGAUGAAAAUGUAUGUAAAAAAUCUCCUUGGUGUAGUGGAACAGUGGCAUCAUACUUGCAGCUUUAUCCUCCCUGUUAUCGUUCUUAUUAUUAUUCGUAUGGCAUGGCCCCAUCUCCAGCUUCUGAACCAACUAUUGCAGAAGUGCCAUUAGAUUUAUCUUCUGCUGGGGAAAGCAUUGCUGAAAAGAUUGCUAUGCCUGAAAAUUUACCAGAAGAUAUAACUGAUGUCUCCCAAACAAACACAGAAGCUGUUGAGAGGGGUAUGCUAUAUCAGUUGCUGAAAAACAAAACAAGCAAGUAGAUUAGCUUACGUGAUUUGAAGGAACAACUUGUAUUAUAUUAUGUAAUUGUUCCAAGAGUAUGGGAAGCAUUAUUAUACUGUCCUGCACCAGUCAUAUUCUGAAUGUUAUUUUUAUAGAAGCAGAAUAAAAUCACAUAUUGUCUUUAAAAA